UAGCUAGCCAACGUCUACCAGUGUGAUUUGGGAUUUCUAUUGGAGAAUCAUACUGUACUAACUUUGGCUAUAUCGUAAACAUAGAACCAAAAAAAUGGCGGAAGCACCUCCAUGGCCCAGCCGGUUUUUCUGUCACAGAUGUUCGGAAGAGAUCAGCCCUCGUCUCCCCGAUUACACAUGUCCUCGGUGUGAAUCUGGCUUUAUCGAGGAACUGCUGGAGGAGAGACGCAGUGAAAAUGGGUCCACAUCCACCAUCUCCAGUGGUGACCAGAACCAACAUCCAUUUGAGAAUGUGGACCCUUCAAAUAUAUUUACGUUACCCUCGGGUUACGGCCAGUUCGCUAUGGGUGUCUUUGACGACUCCUUUGACUUUGGAGCGGGGCUGGGAGGAGCUGGGUUGGGAGGAGCAGGGCUAGGAGGAUCUGGGCUAGGAGGAGCUGGGUUGGGAACAGAGGACAACCGCGACGCAGAGAAUCGGCGAGAACGGGAGAUGGCAUCACGGCAGCGAUACGGCGCCAGGCAACCUCGCGGUCGCCAUGGCGUCAGGAGGCAGGCAGGGAGACCGGAGGGAGUGCCCACAUUAGAGGGAAUCAUUCAGCAGCUAGUGAAUGGAAUAAUCGCCCCUGCGGCAGUGCCAAAUAUUGGUGUGGGACCCUGGGGCGUGCUUCACUCAAACCCCAUGGAUUACGCCUGGGGUGCCAACGGACUAGAUGCAAUCAUUACACAGUUAUUAAAUCAGUUUGAGAACACUGGCCCUCCGCCAGCUGAUGGGGACAAAAUCAUGAGCCUUCCCACAGUCCUAAUCACACAGGAGCAUGUAGGCUCUGGUCUAGAAUGUCCAGUGUGUAAAGAAGACUACAGUGCUGGAGAAAACGUUAGGCAACUUCCAUGUAAUCAUUUGUUCCACAAUGAUUGCAUAGUACCCUGGCUUGAACAGCACGACACAUGUCCAGUGUGCAGGAAAAGCUUAAGUGGACUGAACACAGCCAUGAAUCCUCCAGGUCUAUCAGGGAUGAACUUUGCCUCUUCCUCUGCACCCCCGUCCUCCAGCUCAACCAGCAAUGAGAACUCGGCCAACAACUCCUAAAAAAACAUUUCCCUUCCCACACAACCCAGUGAACUGCCCCUCCUCAGCCAGUUGGGUACCAGUCUCACCCUGUCAAGGGGAGCUGAGAGCAACCACCCAGUCUCCUCCUCACCUGGAUCACUGCCUCACACUGGACCGGAGCCAGCAAGAAUCCAAUUAAAUGAAAGUCAGUAUGUUUCUGCCCCACCCGAGGCUCUCCUCAAGCCUUCAGGAAUGUUGCUUCUUGCUGCGUGGAAGGAUGGAUUCGGCCCUCUGUCUGGUCAAGAUAUGGAGGAUAGGAACAUUAGGAGGGUCACUCUCUGGAUAACCUCAACAUGCAACAACAGAACAGGCCAGUUAGUCGUGCAUUCUGAGGGGGGACUGGGGGAGAGAUCUUUCUGGUCUUCUCUCACCAAGUCAGUUGUUUUUAAAAUAUUUUUUUUUACAUGUUUUAUGAGCAUUCAUAUUUGUACUGCUAAAGUUCUUAAAUGAAAACUUUCAGGAGUAAAGGAGGCUGAGUAUAGGAUGUGUACUUGGUUUGGAUUCUGCAGCUAUUUUUUUCCAUGGAUUGGAAACAUCUAUCAAAAUUGAAGUGUUUUUCUCAAACAGAAAAGCGUUUACCCUUCAUACAAUGUACUUUUACAUUGAAUGAACCAACCCCCAAUCAGUUUCUUAUUGACUGAAGUUGUAUGUGCACCAUUGUUUUGCCCUUUGAAUUAAGAAACAAACUACAUUUUGCUAUAUGUUUUUUGGAGAACUGACUUGGGUGCUGGAUUUAAGUCAAAGGUUACUACAUUCCUCUUUGUAACGACAGAGGUAAAGAUCCAGUAGUUAACCUGCUAGACAGAUUCUAACAGCCUUUUCUCAUUCGAUCAUACAUAAUCAGCAAGUUUCAGUGAUUUGGUUUUUUAAUUUUUAAGGAUUUUUUUUAUUCUAAGUGAAUUCAAUGUUUUUGUACAAUUCACAGUAGACAAGUGAAAUAUAUAGAUUUGCAGAUCAUGUAAAACCCUGAACAAAACAUGAACUGAUGAGAAAAUAAAGAUGUUUAGGUGCUACCACUGUAAUACAAAAUGGCUGUUAUGUGGUGGGCCGUAGCAAGCUAUAUCUGGUUUAGUUUUUGAGAUGAUUGAGAGCUCUGAGGAGGCACUUCUGAACACACUUUUUUUCAAAUGCCGCCGAGUACUAAACUGUAAUCCAAUCAAAACUCAUGUACUAUCACCUCUAUUUUCUAGCUCACAAAUGACAUUCCUUUGCUGUGAUUUAUUUAUUUGAUUAAUUGUCUGUCAAUUGUCUCACAUGAUCAAUUAGCUCUCCUGUGUCCUACUCCCAGAGAAAAUGAAUAAUAGAAUACACAAGGUGCAAUUUCAGAAUGGUUGUGGGUAUGCAGACCCACCAGCCACUGUCCCCUCAUGAUGAGUUCCAUUUUUUUGUGGCUCAUGAAGUUGCCCAUCCCUGGCAUAGAUGGUAAAGCUUUCAUUUCUGGACUGUAAGAUUGUGCCCUCAAUAGCACUUGAUUGGUAGGUUAUACUAUAUUUACAGUGGCUUGAGAAAGUAUUCACUCCCUUGGCAUUUUUCCUAUUUUGUUUGCCUUACAACCUGGAAUUACAAUAUAUUUUGGGGGUUUUGUAUCAUUUGAUUUACACAACAUGCCUACCAUUUUGAAGAUGCAAAAUUAAUUUUUGUGAAACAAACAAAUAAUACCAAAAAAAAACAACUUAAGCGUGCAUAACUCUUCACCCCCCGAAGUCAAUACUUUGUAGAGCCACCUUUUGCAGCAAUUACAGCUGCACGUCUUUUGGAGUAUGUCUCUAAGCUUGGCACAUCUAGUCACUGGGAUUUUUGCCCAUUCUUCAAGGCAAAACUGCUCCAGCUCCUUCAAGUUGGUUGGGUUCUGCUGGUGUACAGAAAUCUUUAAGUCCUACUACAGAUUUUCAAUUUGAUUGAGGUCUGGGAUUUGACUAGGCCAUUCCAAGACGUUUAAAUGUUUCCCCUUAAACCACUCAAGUGUUGCUUUAGCAGUAUGCUUAUGGUCAUUGUCCUGCUGGAAAGUGAACCUCCAUCGAAGUCUCAAAUCUCUGGAAGACUGAAAAAGGUUUCCCUCAAGAAUUUCCCUGUAUUUUGCUCCAUCCAUCAUUCCUUCAAUUAUGACCAGCUUCCCAGUCCCUGCCGAUGGUGUUCUUGGGGUGAUGGGAGGUGCUGGGUUUGCACCAUACAUAAUGUUUUUCUUGAUGGCCAAAAAGCUUAAUUUUAGUCUCAUCUGACCAGAGUGACUUCUUCCAUAUGUUUGGGGAGUCUCCCACAUGCCUUUUGGCAAACUUUUUUUUUUCUCUUAUUUUCUGGCCACUCUUCCGUAAGCCCAACUCUCUAAGGAGUGUACGGCUUAAAGUAGUCCUAUAGACAAAUACUCUAAUCUCCGCUUUGCAGCUCCUUCAGGGUUAUCUUUGGUCUCUGUUGCCUCUCUGAUUAAUGCCCUCCUUGCCUGGUCUAUGAGUUUUGGUGGGUGGUCCUCUCUUGGCAGGUUUGUUGUGGUGCCAUAUUCUUUCCAUUUUUUUUUUAAUUAAUAGAUUUAAUGGUGCUCUGUGGGAAGUGUCUGAUAUUUUUUUAUAACCCCACCCUGAUCUGUACGUCUCCACAACUUUGUUCCUGACCUGUUUGGAAAGCUCAUUGGUCUUCAUGAUGCUGCUUGCUUAGUGGUGUUGCAGACUUUGGGGCCUUUUAGAACAGGUGUGUAUAUAUACUGAGAUCAUACGACACUUAGAUUGCACACAGGUGGACUUUAUUUAACUAACUAUGUGACGUCUGAAGGUAAUUGGUUGCACCAGAUCUUAUUUAGGGGCUUCAUAGCAAAGGGGGUGAAUACACAUGCAAGCACCACUUUUCCGUUUUUUAUUUUUUUAGACUUUCUUGAAACAAGUUAUUUUUUUUGUAUUUCACUUCACCAAUUUGGACUAUUUUUGUGUUACAUGAAAUCCAAAUAAAAAUCCAUUUAAAUUUCA